GUUGAACGCGCUACCUUUGCCCUCACCCUCAUGCACUCCUCCAGGCAGUACUACGCGUGUAUUUGUGUAUUAAGAUGCUAUAAUGAUACGUCUACAAAUUGAACGUUCGCUGCUGCUGCUUCUCAGCUUUCACAGCUCCUGCUACGUUCUUACCCUCUUUUACGCCUUCAGGGUUGAUCUUGGUCUUCAAUUUGCCUUUUCUCUCUCUACCCCGCCAUCUCCUCCUGCCACGGUCGUGCGCAACUCAUGCCACACUUCAUCACUACUAAUCCCUGUGUCUCCAGUCUCACUGCUAAGUCCCAGUGUCAACCCCACAGAGUAGCCAACGCUCAUCUCGCCGAUCCCAGAAAUAGUAUUAAUUCCGGAGAU